CAGCGGAGCCUACGAGAGUCAGCGCCAUGGCGGAGCAGACCUACUCGUGGGCCUAUUCCCUGGUGGAUUCCAGUCAAGUGUCUACAUUUCUGAUUUCCAUUCUUCUUAUAGUCUAUGGUAGUUUCAGGUCCCUUAAUAUGGACUUUGAAAAUCAAGAUAAGGAGAAAGACAAUAACAGUUCUUCUGCAUCUUUCAAUGGCAGCAGCACCAAUAAUAGUAUCCAGACAAUUGACUCUACCCAGGCUCUGUUUCUUCCAAUUGGAGCAUCUGUCUCUCUUCUAGUAAUGUUCUUCUUCUUUGACUCAGUUCAAGUAGUUUUUACAAUAUGUACAGCAGUUCUUGCAACGAUAGCUUUUGCUUUUCUUCUUCUCCCGAUGUGCCAGUAUUUAACAAGACCCUGUUCACCUCAGAACAAGAUUUCCUUUGGCUGCUGUGGGCGUUUCACUGCCGCUGAGUUACUGUCAUUCUCUCUGUCCGUCAUGCUCGUCCUCAUCUGGGUUCUCACUGGCCACUGGCUUCUCAUGGAUGCUCUGGCCAUGGGUCUCUGUGUCGCCAUGAUCGCCUUUGUCCGCCUGCCGAGCCUCAAGGUCUCCUGCCUGCUUCUCUCAGGGCUUCUAAUCUAUGAUGUCUUUUGGGUAUUUUUCUCAGCCUACAUCUUCAAUAGCAACGUCAUGGUGAAGGUGGCCACGCAGCCGGCUGACAAUCCCCUUGACGUUCUAUCCCGGAAGCUCCACCUGGGGCCCAAUGUUGGGCGUGAUGUUCCUCGCCUGUCUUUACCUGGAAAACUGGUCUUCCCUAGCUCCACCGGCAGUCACUUCUCUAUGUUGGGCAUUGGAGACAUUGUGAUGCCCGGUCUCCUGUUGUGCUUUGUCCUUCGCUAUGACAACUACAAAAAACAAGCCAGUGGUGACUCCUGUGGUGCUUCUGGACCCGCCAACAUCUCUGGGCGCAUGCAGAAGGUCUCCUACUUUCACUGCACCCUCAUCGGAUACUUUGUAGGUCUGCUCACUGCUACUGUGGCGUCUCGCAUUCACCGAGCUGCCCAGCCUGCCCUUCUCUAUUUGGUGCCAUUUACCUUAUUGCCACUCCUCACGAUGGCCUAUUUAAAGGGUGACCUACGGCGGAUGUGGUCUGAGCCAUUCCACUCCAAGUCCAGCAGCUCCCGAUUCCUGGAAGUAUGAUGGAUCACAUAGGAAGUGACCAGAAUGGCCAUCAUAGUCCUUUUCUCUCAACGCGUGGUUUUUGUUUCCUCUUAGAGCUGGCCUGGUACCCAGAGAUGUACGUGUUUAAGGAACUGACGUGUGGCUGGAUUUUGAAUUUAAAGGGAGCUUGCUCACAGGAGAGGUGCUGGAGCCCUGUGUGGUUCCUCUUCUUCCUGCAGUUGUAGAGGUGGAGCCUUCCAGAAGUGACAGGCCCUUCCCCAGCGCUCCUUCCCCGUUUUUAUGGAUCUGCACCAGACUGUUACACCUUGCGGGGAGAUGGAGAUCUGACUAUUUAAAAACUGAAAACGGCAAGGAGUCGUUCUAGAACUUUUGAACACUAAAAGGAUGAAAAAAAACAUUAGCAAACCGAAGUUUCUUCAGCAAACCCUCAAGAACUUUGGGACCAGUUUCCUAUGGGGGACUCAGUUUCAAAGAACUGAGACAGAAACUAUUCUGUCAUUAUAUUCUUCUUUCCUUUUUUUGGAUUUAUUAAAUAUUUUCUGUGGUGUGAAGUGACUUAUUAAAUCCACAGACAUUGAGUGACUUCUUACAACAUACACUUAAGAAUUUGCUGUAAUGAGUUCAUGUCCACCCAGAUGUUGUGUUGGCAGUGAACAAGGGCACGGUUUUUAUACAUACGUACAUAUAUACACCUACACGCACACAUAGAUAUAUAUAAAUAAACAAAAAUUAAAACCUGCUAAGAUCAUGCUGUGGAGCAGACGGGGGCUUGCUGUAAUUUUGAGCAUGUAGAGCAGUUUCCUGUGACUUCCUUGUAUAUGGAUAAGCUGCUGUCUUUCCCCUUUGCGACUGACCCUGCAGUUACAAACCAGUAUAGCAUUUGUACUGAUUGAUAGACUUGUGGACUUUAGGAGACUCUUACUUGGUUUUGAUCAGCGUAACAAAUUAGGGAUGAAAAGUUAAAACUUUUUGGCCCUUUUUUUUCUUUUUACAGGCUUCUCCCUUGCAGGGUUUUUAGUAGUUUCUUCUUGAACCAAUGCAUGUAUUAUAGCAGCAGGUGUCUUUGUGCUUUCUGAUCAUAGUAAUGUACUACUUGUAAAUACAUUUUUCUAUUUUCUAUUUUUUUGUAUUAUUAUUAUUAUUAAUUUUUUUUUUUUUUUUGGCAUUUUUGUUUCAUUGGUGUGCUGUACUUUCCAUGCCCUCACUCCUUUAAGAGAAAAAAAAAAAAGAAGAAAAGCAACACAAUCCUGUCCUUGAUGUUGUGAUUAUAGUCUUGGUCUACCUGUGGUGACAACUGGGUAUUGGGAACAAAUGUCAGAUGCCCCUCUGAGAUGGAACUGGGGAAAGAACAGGCUGUCCUGUCCCCUUAGAAUCUGACCCUGUGCUGUGGUCUUUGCUCGAGAGGCCAGAGUUCUGGUAGCAACUAUUGGAAUGUCUGCCUACCUUUACCUAAGCAGCCCCAGCCUGGUAAGAAAUUGCCCAUUGUUCAGAGGCACAGAGAAGCCUAAGUUGGCCUGAGAAUACCUGACAGCAGAGGUUGGAGAAGAGCCUAUGAGUCCUGGUUUCUCCCUUAGGGUCACCCCCUCAGUGGCCUGCCUCAGUCUUGACCUGUCUAAUGAACUGGUAUGCUGUUGUCCCAUGGCUUGAAGUCACUGAGUUCCCAUGUGGUACACUUCAUGCUGUCCGUGGAGUGUGAAGUGAUCAGGGUGUUGGAUUCCUCUAUUGUUGUCUUCAAAUCCUGCUGAGGGUUUUUUUGUUUUUACUAAAUGACUCCUUUCUAGCCUUUGUCAUCUUCACUUCUGGUUGUUUGUACCAGAGUUCCCAGUCACCAACUACCUCCUCCACUUGUUCCAGAAGACUGAUGGGAAGACCCUGUCUGUUUCCAGACUUGGUCAUCUGCGGCUCUGGUUCAGUCACAGAGAUGUCAAAGAAUUGAAGCUUCUGUUGUCCACAGAACUCAAAACCACGUCUGGAUUUGGUGAAGACUAAAAAGAUACUCAUGUACUCACUGUUUAUCUACGGUACUUAGUUCUCAACCCUCAAGGAUGCAAAUGGCUAAUUAAACAGGGCAGGGACAAGGGGACUCCAAAAUGACUUGGAUUAAGGGCAAGUGCCAGUAACGGGUAGAAAUAAUGUGAUCCUGCCAGUUGGUCAUUUUAAUUUUUCUAUCUUUGUUUUCAUAAAAAAAAUAAUAAAUUCCAGAGAGAAGGAA